AUGAGUGCCCUGGCAGAUCCUUCGGUUGACGCAGCCGAGCUGCGACGCCGGCCGGCCUCAGAUAGCAGUACCCCUCAUGGGCAUGCGGGGGUCGAGGUCCGUCAGGACGACCGAGGUGGGCAUGACCACACCGCUGCGCCGAAGACACCGAAGACCAGGAAGACGUUCGGUCGGACCCCGGAUGGGACAGUGUUUGUAGUCCCUACCACUGGUGACAGGAUCACGCAGAUGCUCAAUCCCAGGGAGCCCAAGAGCCUAGGCGACAUAUUUGUGCUGACUGUGCUCGCUGCACACAUACUGGCUUUGUACCUCCUGCCGGCUUCUCUGAAGCGCCCUGUGUUCGCAGUGAUAUACCUCAUCUGGAGGGCUACCUACAAUGUCGGCAUUGGCAUCCUGCUACGACUGCAGUCCAACGACAACAAACUUGUCGCCUGGGCUCAGAAAUGGAAGCUCUUUGAGCAUCCUUCAACUGGCAAGAAUCCACGGCCAUGGCUAUACAAUCUCCUUAAGCGGGAGGCUGAGACCGAGAUCAAAGAGGACUUCGAGUUCGAGAAGGCCCCGAUACAGUACAACACCUGGCUAGUCUUCCGACGAUUCGUGGAUCUCGUCCUGUUGUGUGAUUUCGUGUCCUACUGUCUCUUUGCCAUUGCCUGUGCGCAUGCGCCAGCGGGCGAAACGGUUCUCAUGGCAGUUGGGAGAUGGGCCCUCGGCUUGUCUCUCAUUGGCUUCAACCUCUGGGUCAAGCUUGACGCACUCCGGGUUGUCAAGGACUACGCCUGGUAUUGGGGCGACUUCUUCUUCCUCGUCGAUCAGGAGCUGACUUUCGACGGCGUCUUCGAGAUGGCGCCGCACCCAAUGUACUCACUUGGGUACGCAGGCUACUACGGCAUUUCCAUGCUGGCCUCGAGCUACCCCGUGCUGUUCAUCUCCAUCAUUGCGCAUACCUCCCAAUUCGCCUUCUUGACUCUCGUCGAGAACCCUCAUAUCGAGAAGACAUACAACCCGCCUACUCCUCGUAAGCGUGGAGACACUCACGGACAAGCCGAUAGUCAGUCCGACGAGGUGACUGCGUCACAGCCUGUGUCAACCGACGCUACCACAACUCCCCAACCAUCGUCGCCUUCUCAGAUUCAUAAACUCCUCGGUUACAAGAAUGUCGACCUUUUCCGCAAUACCGACUUUUCCACACUCCUCCUCGUCAUGUACCUUAUUGUUCUGGCCAUCGUCACGCCACAGCGACCGCUAUACCGAUUUCUAUUCGUCGCUCACGCCUUCCUCUGGAGACUCUGGUACUCAGUUGGCUUGGGAUUAAUCCUCAAUCGUCAAUCCCACGACAAGAUGUGGACCCGUCACUUUCUCAAAUUUGGAGAGACCACAAAUGAGGCUUGGCGACAGUGGAAAGGAAUGUAUCACAUCUCGCAUAUCUUGUGCUACGCCUCGUUCAUCGCGGCUUGCUGGAAGACGUAUGCUCUCCCAGCCGAUUGGAGCUAUGGGUUCACGCUGCUCAGACAUGUAAUCGGUACUAGUCUCAUCGCCUUGCAGGUUUGGACCGCCGUGAGCUCGUAUGAGUCGCUAGGCGAAUUUGGCUGGUUCUUUGGAGACUUCUUCUUCGAUCGCGGCGUCAAGUUGAACUACACAUCUAUAUAUCGCUUCCUCAACAACCCCGAGAGAAUAAUCGGAACCGCAGGUCUAUGGGGUGCUGCUCUCAUGACUUGGAGUAAGUCGGUAUUCGUCUUGGCCUUAGUCAGUCACCUAUUCACACUUGCUUUUCUCCAACUUGUCGAGCAACCACACAUGCAGAAGAUCUACGGCCGAAGUCUCCGGGACGAAGCUGGUCUGACAAAGGCCAUCAAACGCUCCCUGCCACCCCAUGUCAUGGAGUGGCAGUCGAGCGUUAACAGCCUCAUGGAUGAAACGUCACAUUUCGUCGAGGACUUCCUAGAUAUGGCCCGCCCAAAGCUGGCCUCGGGUGUUUCGACCAUCGUGAGGGAUACUACCGCGCUUUUCAACACAUACCCCGCCCGUCUUCCAUUGACCAGACUGUCACCGGAUCUUGCAGGCUUGGACCCAAAGCACUACUCGGUAACCGUAGAGGGAGAGACCUCUGCCGGCUCUGCGCUGAUUGAAAGGUCUAGCGGCAAAGAAGGCACAGCUGGAAGAUUCCCGAACGAGCUCAAGACGAUGAUUUUCGAGUACGGUGCGCCGAUCAAAGUAAAGUGGACAGCACCGGAGAAUCACGGCAAGAAAGAUUGGAUCGGUCUUUACAUGGUUGCUGACAACUCUUCGCGAGAGGUCACUGCCCACUCAUCGCUCGGGCGGUGGAUCCCAACCACACCAGGCCAAUACGAGUCCACUACAGCCGACAAGGGCAUUCUGGUAUCAGACAAGCCAAUUCAAAACGAAGGCUCUGAUAUCGAUCUCGUUAAAGGCGAAAUGGUAUUCUCGGGAGACAAGCUUUGGUGGACACAGGGUGUCUUUGAGUUCCGCUACCAUCACGAUGGCAACCACAAUGUGAUGGCAAUCUCGCAACCAUUCGAGAUACACAUCGGCCGCUUCGAUGAAGAGGAUGUGGAAGUCGAUACGCAAGGGAUGUAUCAAAAAGCCGUCGAGUCAGCUUUGCUACCUAUGGUGCAGAAUUGCCUCGAUCGAGAUCCUGACAUUGCCCCGAGCUCCGCGGCGGAGUCUUGGGGUAGCCAUGUCGAACGUGACGGUAAAUUUGCUAAGAGAAUAGUUUACGCCAUGCGACAGAUGUUCGGUGUCGAAUUUACGCCUGCCGUGGUGCCUGCUGAUGGCAACGUCAGAAACCUCGCAUGGAGAAUCUGCAACGCGAAACAAGCCUUGGCACCAUACAGCAUGUCUCAAUCUAGGGGAACCACUACGCCGGCCGCGGAGAAACCCCCGAGCCCUUAG